CCUAGUGGUCACGUGAGCAGAGUUUUUAACGUGGAAAAACAAGCCCAGAGACCGCGCCUAUAGCAACGGACUAGCGUUGCUUGUGCCGAGGUGAAAAAAUCGCGUCGAGGCAUUGUUGUUGUAGUGUGCUCAAAUUAGAUAACCAGUGCACAAAGACUUCGAUUUUCCGGAAGUGAUCAAUGAAAUCGAUGCGGUAUUAAUAAGAGACGAAGGCCCGUGCAGUUCGCAGAUCGGAAUAUGUUAUUGUUAUUGUUGAGAAAUACCAUCGAAGUGGGAGAUUGCAUUUGAAUAAAACGAAAGUUUUCAGACGUAACUAGAAAAGAAGUCGCUUCAUUAAUCAAUAGCAUAAUCUAAUCUCGAAUUAUUUAUCUCCUUGUACACUAAUGUACUAUGCUUAGAGCGCGUCGGAAAUGAUUUUUUUGGCCAAAAUGUUCGAGUUCAGUGUUACGGUCCUAUUGGUAUUCCUUGUGCUUCACGUUUCUUUGGCUGAACCCGUGGAUUUGUGGACCGAGGAGAAGUAUUAUGGAGAAACGAAAGCCGCUAUCACGACGGAGCAUUCCGGUGGCAUCAUAGCGGACGAGCAGAUAGUUUUCUCAAGAAACAAGAGUCCGUACUUAUUGAAAAACGACUUGAUCAUCGAAAGGAACGCGGAAUUAGUCAUCGAACCAGGCGUGGAGAUCAAAGUUGUUUCGCAAAUUGGCAUCACAGUUCGAGGCACAUUGACAGCUAUAGGCAACCAGAAUGAGCGUAUUAUAUUGACCUCGGCUGAAGAACCUUACGGCUCCAUUGCAGCUCAAGACAUACGUCUGGUCGAUGGUCCGAGUAUAUUGGCCGGAAGGGUGCAGAUAAAACAUAACGACAAAUGGCGUAGCGUCUGCACGAAUUCCAAGAAUUGGACGUUAGCGGAUAUGAGUAUAGCGUGCAGACAGUUGGGAUUCCAAGGAGGGGAAUUCUUUAUGUGGCACAACAGGGAAAUGCCUCUAAAGUCGAGGCUGCUUUACGAAAAUCCCAGAUGCAGAGGAUCAGAAGAAACGAUAUUCGAAUGCGAUUGGCAUACGCGACAGAUGGGCUCCGGCGUUUGCGACUACCAUCCAGAUCUGGCCAUUCGUUGUCUGCCCAGACACGAAAGUCCGAAGAACAAUUGGAGAGGAAUACGUUUCGAGAAUGCCAGGCACGAGAAGAUCUUAACGCUGAGCAACACUUUAUUUGUUCCAACAUCAAAUUCCCGGCUGCAAUUCGUUGAUAUUCAAUAUGCCGGAAGUGGAAGAGAUCAUAACGCGUCCAGCGCCUUGGAAAUCAUUGGCGUGCCACCAAUUAUCGAUGAAGUUCAAGUUCUGGACUCGGCUUUCAAUGGGAUUAACGUGACGAGUCCAGAAGCGCCUUUCACCAUCAGCAACUCGAGAAUUAGAGCAAACCGAGGUUUCGGUAUAUUCGUUAACUCGAGUUACGGUUCUGCUCACAUAAAUAAGUGCACAAUUAACGAAAACGGAGGCGAUGGAAUCAGAUAUGUGCAUAACGAGGAGAGACCAGAUGAAAGAAUCGAUAAAACGGAUAUAAGUGACUUUUGCACGUUGGCUACUGCCGCCAGUCAGACUUAUCCCAUACAAAUCUUUGUAGACCAAUCCGUUUUUACUUUGAAAGAAAAAACGUGCUCCAAGGUGUUCAGCACUCGUUACGGCAAUAAAAUAACCAUACACUUUCUUCGCGCUGAAACCGAGAGAAAUAAUUCCGCUCAAAUUGAUGUUUUCGAUGGAUCAUCGGUCAGCAAAAGACUGUUAACUAGUUUUCUAAUACGCAACGGCACCAGACCUCAAUCUGUGACUAGCUUUAGCAAUCAGAUUUACAUCAAAUUUAGGGCUGACCCGAAAUUGACGAUGUUUUUGCACAUGAGACUUACAUCUGGUCUCAGUAAGAGCUACGAUUUGAAUGUGACCAAUUCCGACAUUUCUGAAAACGAAGGAAGAGGAAUCGCUUUUGACAAUUUAAGAACACAAUUACACAUACACGACUCCAGUAUUUCCAAAAACAGACACGUGGCUGGUGUCCAUGUGACUAGUGGAGUGGGCGAUAUCAACGUGACGUCGAGCAAGAUUUCCUUCAACGAAGGAGAUGGUAUCAAUAUUACAUACACCGGGGGCAACAGAAACAUUUCAAGAAGUUCAAUUAGCUCUAAUCAAGGGUACGGAGUUGCAAUUUGGUUGAAUCAAACCAAAGAAACUGAAUACUUGUUCUUGAACCAAAGCAGUGUCGUCGAAUACACGGAAGUAGUUAAGAAUUUGGAUGUUGGAAUUUUACAUGGAAAUUAUUGCUCAGAAUCGUACAUUAACAUAACAGGAAACGUGGUGCAGCAGAAUCUUAACGAUGCGUUAGAAAUCCUCUCAUGUUGGAUGAACAGCAACUCAUCGACUAAAUUGCAAAUUGGACAUAAUCAGUUCAUCGGUAAUCAAAAAAUGUCUAUUAAAAUAUCACCAGCAUUAAACCUUGAUGGAUACAUUGAAUUUAAUAGUUUUAAGCAAGGUUUGCUGGGGCAAAUUCUAAUUAAAAACAAACCACUGGAAGAGUUCAACUUUCUAAAAACUAAUAUCCACGUGCAAAACAAUUAUUUUCUGAAAAAUCUUGGUGUGUUCGUUGUAAAUUUAGCGUUGAGUCCAUAUUCCGAAACGCAGCAUUUACUGUUUACAAAGAAUUUCGUAAAAGAAAACAUCAUUCAGGAACCAUUCCAAUCAGAUACGAUGCCGAAAUUGAAUCCUCGAAGUCGCGUUGCUGCGCCAUUGGUGAUUGGCUCAAAUAAUGUUAAAAUAUACAGAAAUAUUAUUGAGAAUCCAGGAAGCAAAUACGAAAUUGGAAGUCACCUAGAAGAUCAAAGCAGAACAAUUAAUUGCACGUAUAAUUGGUUAGGAUUCACGGAUGAGGAGAAAAUCUUCCACAGAAUAUUUCACCGUAACGACCGUUAUAAUUUGGCCAAGAUCAUCUUCGUGCCUUAUUUGCUCCAUAAUUCGCACGCAUUAACAUCGAGAAUUAAUAUGCACUCGAUUUAUCUUCCGCAUUUUAUUAUGAAAAAUUCUAAUGUGGUAGGUGGGGAAAUCGAAGGGGAAGAAACAUUACCGCAGGGAGAGUAUUUAGUUGAGAGAGAUAUAAAUAUUAGACCGGGAGGAAAACUAACUUUAGAGCCUGGAGUGUCCUUGAAGUUUCCGCCAUCCAUCGGCGUUAUGAUUGGAGGAAAAUUGGAAGCGAGAGGAAUAGCACCGGACAGCAUUAGAUUCACUUUAAAAGAGGAGAUAGUAUUUCAGCCGGAGAACGACACGUACGAAAUAGAAACGGAGCAGUACAACUCGGAGACGGAAAUCAUUGAAAUCGAAUCCAAGAUUCCCAUCAGGCUGCUUGGCGGAAAAAGUCCGACGGAGGGAAGACUGCAAGUAAAAGUUAACAACAAUUGGGGAACGGUGUGCAAUUACGGAUGGACAAUAAAAGAUGCGUCCUUGGUCUGCCAGCAACUAGGCUACACCUUGAAUCCGCAAGAUUGGUUCCUGGAACGCAAUCAAAUACCAGAAGCCGGAUUAAACGAGUCUCCGAUUUUAUCGAACGUUCAGUGCACCGAAUACGAUACAGAUUUAACUAAAUGCAGGGCAGAAAUUGUUUCGGAUUUCGAGAAUUCUUGUAAUCACGACAACGACGUUGGCAUCAGAUGCUACGAGACGUCUUGGGCCGGUUUACGAUUCGGAGUGCUUUCCGAAAGAAGUGAUUUGCAGUUUAUUACCAUCGAGAAAGCCGGUCUAUUGGAUUAUACUACGAGCACUUUGAAGCCGGCCCUGCAGAUCGAUUUUGCCAGACAUAACUUCGAGAAUAUCAAAGUAACAAAUAAUUACCACGACGGUCUGGGUAUUAUGUAUUCGGAUAUAUACGCGGAGUCGGUGAACGUUGUGAAAAAUUCGGAAUUUAGCAAUAACAGAGGAGCUGGGAUCAGUUUCAAACAAUUGGGAUUAAAGGUUAGCGGUAGCUUGAUCGAGAAUAAUCACAUCGGGAUUAAACAUAAUCCGGCGAUUUCGAGCCUGGAACAAAGGGAAUUGGCCGGAUGGUUCCAGAAUUUUGAACAAGAUAUCUAUUACAGGCCUUUCAUGAUACCGCAUGAAUUAGAUCACAAUAACUUGAUGGUCGAUACCAUGAAAUAUUUGGUAACUUCACCAGUCUUCGGCGAUAACAUCAAACGUAGUUACAGAAUCCGAUGCGAUCCUGGUUACGUAAUAGCAAUACAACUUUUAAACCCUAUACACAACCAAAGCUCGGAAAGCAUCAUGGUUUACGAUUCGCAGACGUACAACGAUUAUUCCAGCAUCUGGAGCAUUAAAAGAGACCUUACCAUUUUCCCUACAACUUCAAGCAGUCACGGGUUAAUAUUAGAUUAUAACAGCGGUUCAAAUUCUCUUGGAGGAACGGUGAUCAUUUUAAGCUCGAUAAGAGCACCCAUCCAGGAUGUUUACAAUAAAAUAGUAAAAGGCCCAAUUCCUAGUUUAUCAAUGUACAACACUAAAAUACGUCAGAAUUAUUAUGGAAUCGAGGUGAAUUAUUAUAACCGAUACUUCAACGAAUUGGGCGAUCAUUUCUUGCGGAAGUCUAAUGAUUCCAUGAAAUUAAUCAACUGCGAUUUAUCGCACAACAUCCAAGAAGCGAUUUACAUCAACUCUCCGCAUUGGGAUUUGCAUAAGAGUAACAUUUCCGAGUUCACUCUCAUGAUUAACAACAGCUUAAUAACAGACAAUGGUAAGGGCAUUUAUCAUUUCUCCAGAGACUUGCGAUCUUCGAAUAACCUAUUCCACUACAUUCUACAAGAUGACACAAUUGAAAGGAACAAGGCCGGUGGUUUUGACAUAAAUUUACCGUACGUUUGGAAUUACAACGAAAACUUUACACAUUCGGUUUACUUUAAUAACAACACAUGGAAGAGGAAUAAUAAAUUUAGUUUAAACAUCGAUGGACACUUCGCUCUAGUGAAUAUUACUAAGAAUAAAUUUGUUGAAAAUCUUUGCAAAGAUGGUUUGAUAUCCUUUAAAGGAAUGGAGAAGAAAAUGUUAAUUGACUACAACGAAAUAUUGGGGAAUAAUGGUAAAUAUAUGGUUGAAUUUAAGUCGGAGAGUCAAUCGGAGAUAUUAGGAGAUGUGCCUGCAAAGUUCAUGUUUAACUUGCUCAAAGAAAAUAAAUAUAUUAACACGUUAAGAACAUUCCAAAUUUACCGAGACCCUACAAGCGUAAUUCAUUUCAACGGUAUCCAGAAAAUUAAGGUCAACAGAAACCUGUUCAAUAAUAAUUUUCUUAAUUACUUGUUGGUGGCUGGAAUUAAGACUGCAAAACUGGACAAUAAUCUGGAUGUCAGUGAAAAUUGGUGGGGAACAAAUGAUGCGGUGGAAAUAGAAAAAAUGAUCUUUGAUUUCGACGAUUGGAACAAUCACGCCGUCGCUUUGUUCAGGCCGUAUUUAAUGGAAGAGGAUUUCUUGGCGAGUCACUCAUUGGAAUUCGUGGCUACAAAAAUACCUGACUUGGAUAACUUGGGUGGACGAUUGGAGGAAGAUCUAUUCCUGCCAAGAAGAGAGUACCCUUACAAAGUUCUUGCCGAUUUAACUGUAAUGCCAAAGGCGACUCUAACAAUAGCACCUGGCGCUAUUUUAGAGUUCGGUCCGAAUGUGGGUAUUUUAGUGCUGGGCACUUUAAAAGCCGAAGCUUUUAAAGGUGCUGAAAUUAUUAUGAGGCCAAUUUCGAGAAGUGCUAAUUUAGAAAGUAAUCGAAUAGAAAAGAGGGACCUUGAAAAGUUUUCAGUCGAGGGUGGAAUUCGACUUUGCAAAGGAGUGGAAUGUUUGGGAGAACAUGAAAUUUUGAACGAAGGAUUCUUGGAGUAUUUCAAUAAAACCACAUUGCAGUGGGUCCCCAUGUGCGACUCCAGAUUUACCGAACGGAAUGCCCAAGUGGUCUGCCGUGAGCUCGGCUUUGAUUCAUUGAGUUCGUUCUUUGAACACGACAGGAGGAUCGAGUUCCACAGCAACUCCUUAACCAGAAUUUGGUCGUGGCCCGAGCCUCUGCAGUGCUCAGGCACAGAAACGAAAUACGAGGAUUGUCCUCUCCGAUUAAACGGACAGCAGUACGGACAUUUCCACAAAUGCUCAUGGGAUUCUAAAUUCGUAUUCGUCCGGUGCGAGAAAUCACAAAAGAAGUCGAGUUACUGGGGUGGCAUACGUUUCGCCAAUUCCGAAUUCGAAUCGCACAUGUUCGAAAACAGAUACCACGACAUACACACCCAUCAAUCGGUGGUAAAGGAAGAAUCAAAAAUGAUUUUCGUGAAGAUAAUAGGAGCCGGCAUUUUGCACAACGAAAAAUCUCCUGCAAUUCAAAGCAUCAUCAAGAGUCCAAUCAUCAAUUACGUGAAUGUAACGGAUUCAGCUUUCCACGGUAUCAAUUUCAUUUCUCCGGCGCAAACAUUGAAUUUGCUUUCAAAUCACGUUAAAAAGUCUUUGGGAAUUGGAAUAAGCGUGCUUUCGUUGACGGGCGAAGGAAGGGAAGCCGAGGAAUCGAGUUACACACCUUUGAAGAAUCUAAACAUUCCUUACAAUCUCUUCAGCUUGAUCGACAUUUGCGACACCACAAAGGAAAUCCGAGUGGAGGAACGCGUUUUGAUAUACUACAAAUACGACAAUCAUCCGGUGAACUGCGUGAAGAUAUUUAAAAGCGCAUACAACAUCAAACCGUUCGGCUUCAGGCUGCUCCAGUUCAAUCUCUUCAACUCGACCAAUAAAUAUGGGAUUCCGGAUUUCAUUUCCUUAUACGACGGUGAAGUGUACAACGUCACCUCGAAACUAAUAACGCAAAUCACGACGAAUUCCCACAACGAGAAAAGAAUGUUCAAGAGCAAAGGGUCAAGUUUGAGCAUCAAAUUCUUCGCUAAUGGAGCUAGUUCAAACCACGGAUUUAUAGCCGAAGUCGUGACUCUCCCCAUUUCAGCUAUUGGAUUCAAUCGCGAUGUUCAGCAUAAUAUCACGUACAGCGUUAUGGAAGGAAACAGGGAAGGCGGCUUGGUUUACAAUUCCGCCGGAGAAGUGAAUCCGGUGGUGACGAUUGACAAGAAUCAGUUCAAAGAUAAUUGCUUGAAAUUGUACGGCAACUUCACUACUUGCAAAGCGGCGGUCGAUGUGGAUGUGCAGAACACCCAGACGGUAUUCUUCAGGAAUAAUUUGGUGUCUGGAAAUCAGGGAGGCUUAUCAAUUAAGGCCGAUUCGCGAGGUUCGGCAACUUCCUUGAAGGGUACCAUAGAGAACAACCUGUUCGUGAACAAUUCAAAUUUGCCCGCUUUGUACGUAGAAGGAAGACAGUCAUCGCCGUAUCAAGAAGUUACGAUAUCACGCAAUUACUUUACUCGGAACGUCGCUCAAUACGAGAACAAUAUCGUUUUGAAACAAGUCGUCUCCAUUUUCACUUACAAUUACGUGAAGAGGAAUAUCGGAAUGCAGAAUUUGGAAGUAUCGGGAUUCGAUAAAGUCAGGCUGCCAAUUUACCAGACAACAUCGCAUAAUGGAUUUUAUAACAAUUAUGCUUUAACUAGGGACAGCAAGGCGACUAUAGUCGCAGGAACAGCAGGACAACGUUACAUCGAUAACAUAUUCUUUAAUCCAGAUAACGAUUACGAAAUCAUGACGGUGAACAGAUCGUUGUUUAACUUCAACAGUACAUUGGAGCUGUGGAAAACCAAAAUCGAUGCCUCUUACAACUAUUGGGGCGUGAACACGACGCUGGCAGUUUCUGGCAGAAUUUGGGACCAACUGGAUGAUCCGAGAUUGCUGGAAGUCAACUACCAGUCUUAUUAUAUGAACAACGAGACUAUUUUAGAAGGAAAAUGCCCACCUGGAUGGGCGUUAGUUGGGGAUACAUGCUACAUCUAUAUUGGGGCUCCAAUGAAUUUCUAUGAAGCGCGAGCUUUCUGUCAAGCCGAUAACGCUUCGAUGCCUUUCUUAGUUGGCAACGUGAAUUACUUAGCUUUAUACGAUUUUAUUAGAAGACAACAGCAAUGGUAUUUGUAUUCUGAUAAAGUCUGGAUACAACACAUUGAUAUGAUCAACUCGUGCACUUACUUUUCUUACCAGAGUGUUGAAAAUGAUGAUUGCCUUCAGAGAUAUCCGUUCGUUUGUGAGAUUGAUCCCAAAGUUUUUAUAGAUCCGCUAGUCUGGAGAGGAGAUAUUAUUACUAUAGGUUCAAUAACUGCCAGCGUUUUAGCUUUACUACUUUUGUCUAUAGUCAUAAUUUGUUGGUGGAAUAAAUCAAAGUACCGGCAUGCUCAAAGAUUAGAGAGAAGGAAUAGCAUAAGGCAAAGUUUGCAUUCUUUAAGAUCCGUCGGUUCGGCGCAUGGAUUCUCCGAAUUAAACUACCGAAGAAAGCCCGGUCAAUUGAGUACACGAUCGACAGAUACUCUAACGAAGAAUUCAGACUAUCGAAAAAUGGUCAGCAACGGAUCAAUCGACAGCAUGGAGAAAUCCACCUAUAACUCUUCGAUCGAAGAUACACAAUCGUACGACAUGUACGAGCCGCAAAAUCCGAAUCCUAACAGCAGUUUCAGCUGCAACACGACCAUCGAAUAUCAUAAACCGCAGUACGCGCAACCGAACUUCAAUUUAGCCUACAAGAAUGAGGGCUUCAAAGAUAAUUCAACGUUUGCAAGCAACUCUCGAGCUGCUAGCGUCCAGGAAACGACAAUCAGCGAUGACACCCCGAUUGUUCAUUCGGAAAGUGCAGAAACUUACCCGGCCAACGACUACUAUCACACCGACACCCUUCCUUUGAAUCGACCCAACGAGAACAAUUACACACCUAAUUUCCUUGAUGAACUGAAGAGCAAGAUGCCGGUACAGGAGACCAGCUUCGAGCAAUUCCCCGAGCCGACCAGAUCGAAACCGGUGAUCGAUCGAUCGAAAUCAGAAGCCCUUCUUGAGACCAACUUCGAUUAUGACCCCGAAGAGCCCGUCCUGAAUCAGCCGAUCAGAGAGUUCAGCAGGAGCAAAAGCCAACCGCUAGAAACUGCCAUGUGAAAUCAAGUGCUUCUUAAAACAAAUUAAUAAAAAAAAAAUGUGAUAACUAGCAAUAAUGGUUCUAAAUAAUUUACGAAACAGAGAUUCAUUUAUCUUAACAAAAAAUGCAAAACGACAAAUGUGAUACAAAUGACUAUUUUUUUAUAUUACUUAUUUAUAUUCGUAUAAAAUAAUUUUAAGCGGAAAAAUACAGAUGUGUUCGUUUAGUAUUUAG